AUGUUGCGCCGCCUCGUGGAAGCUCUCCCAGACGAAUACCAGGAGUCAUUCAGCAAAUGCACGACUGGCGAUGAGGUGCUCAAUGAUCUUCAAGAUUACGGAACAGCGUGGAACACUCGCAACCGUAAACUCGGCACCUUCAUUCGGGUGAUGAAGCCCUUCUUUACCGCCAUGGACGUAUUUGUCUCAUGCGAUCCGAUGCAUGCUGCGACGUUAUGGGGCGCGCUUCGAGUGGUCAUCGCUCUUGGCAUCACUUUUCAUGAGUUCUUGGACAAGGUCACUUCCGGCCUCGAAAAGAUGGCAACCGAAAUUGAGUACCUCGAUGAACUCAAUUCUAUAUUUGGAAAAUUGGAGCGCAAAAGAUACCAAGAGAUGGAAGACACAAUUAAUGAAGAACUCAAUAAGAGAAUGAUGGAGGGAUGGCUUGAACAAGAGCUGAAAGAGAAGAGGGAUCAGAUGAGGGAGGAGCUGAGCGUGGUAGCACAGACUGCCAUUCAGAAGGAUUACGAACAGCUUGCAAAGUCCUCGCCACGCACUGAGGUAUUGCUGCAGGAUAUGUUUGAAGAGAUCCUUCAGUUCUUAAUGGGCGUAUUCAGGAUAUUUUACCAUCCUGAUGGAAAUACGUUCCUUCACCGUGUUCGAGAGUGGCUAGAUCCGCCGUCCUUUGCUGACAGAUACGAAGAUGUGGCAUCACAGUGCAUGCAAGGGACCACAAGCUGGCUACUGGAACAUACUAUUUUCCGCUCGUGGCUGCAAGAUGGCAAAAAAGUUCGUGGAGGAAGCCUAUGGGUACGUGACAUGUCACAAAAGGUUGGCCAUGGAGCAGCUGAUGUGGCUUUCCUCUCCUGCUCAGAGACGGGUGAAUCGUGCAUCCUGACACCGAGAGGCCAGCGUCCUGAGAUCAUUCCAAUCCAAUCUGCCUUGGCCGCCACAGGAAUACCGGAAGAAGAUUUGCGUCCUAAGAUCAAAUAUGCUAAGGAUGCUGAACAAUUAGUUCUCUCAGCUGGUACUAUGACGGCUCCGCCUGAUGAUGACAGACUCGUAACGAAGGAUUGGACGCUGAAGCAGGCCAUGUCUGGCCAUGAAAAGCCGUUGACGAGCAGCAACAUGAUUGUAGGACCAAGUGGCAUUAUAAAACAUGUUUCCGUCGUAAAUUCGGGCCUAACAACUAGCCUACAUCUAUGGAACAAGGAUGGGCGAGAUGAAUCCAUGGUUCUCACACGGCUUCCGAACUCCGAAGGUGCCGCCUCAGCGAAAGUCAGCGUCAUCAGAUCGCUCAGCGAGGAGGAGCCGGUUCAGAUUAUCGUAGAUAAAACGGCAGAUACUUGGAGCAACAUCACUCGAGCUGAACCUGCAGUAUUCCCAGUGAUGGUUGAGAGAGAUAUUCGAAGCUUUUCUACUCAGACCACCAUCAAUGGAAGAUCUCAGAAUGGCCGUGCGGCACUUCGUGGGAUAGUCGAAGGAGACAUUCAAAGCUCUUCUGCUCAGACGAGCGUUGAUGCCAACUCAUUAGCUGCUGGUAGGUCUGAUGAGAUGCCUCAAACUCAACCUGCUGCGUCUUCUAUGCAAGAUGAAAGAGAUCUGCAGAAUUAUAUGAAUUGGAAGGAUGAUAAUGUGGGAGAAUCUAAGGAUAAUGGGCACAGAAGCCGACUAAAGAGGUUUUUGGGAAAGAUGAAGUGCUUAUAA